AUGGAUAGUGAUGAGGAAAUCGAAAUUGAAGAAAUUGAGAUUGGAGAGCGACUUGUCCCCGAAUCAGACGAAAAUGACAACGCAAUUGAAGACCAAGAACCAGCAGUUGAAGAAGUGCAACCUGCGAAGACAUUCCGGCGCGGUUGUAAUCAAAAUCUUAAUUCGAAGCGAGCGCAGCUCCAAGCGCGUCGGGCCGAGCUCAAUUACUCGCUCGAUCACCAAAUGAAACUGUUGCGCGGUGCGGAGAAUCUCUACCGCGCCACGGGCAACACGAAAGUCAAAUCCACCGUCUCCCUCGAGCUUAGCUUCGUCGAGGCCGCUGUCGAGAUUUUGAAGGACGAAAUUGUCGAAAUCAAUGGAACGCUCAAUGUUUACCAGAGCGUAUCAGAGACUAUUUCCAUGCCGAUGAUUCCCUUGGGAUUGAAGGAGACGAAACCUAUCGACUUUACUAAUGUGCUUAAUGACUUUAUUCUUGAGCACUAUUCGGACGAAGGGUCUAAAUAUGAACCGGAAAUUGCCGAGCUGAACUCGCUGCGCGAAGGAACUCAAACCCCAACUCGCGACGAGGAAGGCAUUGACCUGUUGUUUGAGUAUUACAAUCAACUUUACUUUAUCGACAAUCGAUUUUUUCCACCGUCGCGUCCAUUAGGGAUUUACUUGGCUUGGUUUGAUUCACUUACGGGCAUCCCGAGUAUCCAGCGGAAUUGCGCUUUUGAGAAAGCAUGCGUUCUAUUCAAUAUCGGAGCUCUUUAUACUCAACUUGGAUCGCGACUGUCCAGGAAAGGAAAUCGCUCUUAG